GGAAUCUCCUCGUUCCACUGUCUUCUUACGAAGAAACUUGGGUUUGUGCGUGGCUUUGCCUUCGGCAUUGUAUGCCGGCUUCUUGUACGUCAUGGAUUUUGAUGGUGAUUGGAAACGAGUGGCUGCAAAACACCGAAUUGCUAAGGAGGAAACAAAAAAAUUCAUUGAUGACGAGAGGAAGUCAAGGGAGGAAUUGGAACGUUCUAUUACGAG